GUGUUUUACCAUUUAGCCUUCUCAAGCACCUGGUUGCUUAUUAAACCCCACGGGAAACCAGCCUCUGGGGUUUUGCUUUGUCCUCUUCUCUCGCCCACUCUCAUAGUGCCUCCUUUCUCCAAAAAUUAGCCUCUCCGGCUGGAGGAGGAUCGACUGCUGUUAAUCACCGGCCUCAUUUCAACAUUCAGCGUUCCGUAUCGAGAUGAACAGGUGACCUGGCAUUGGUUUACUUGGAUCAGUGGAGCUAUUUUUUCUAGUCAGUAGGAGUUAUGGCUUUGUCGAUUUCGAGAAGGGUUUUGCGUUCUUUUGGGUCCUUGUCUGGGUUUGGUCGCUGUGGUGAUUCUUCUAGUCUUACCAGGCAGUCAUUUCGAGCUUCUCAUGAUUUGUAUGGACACGUUUCUGGGGAUUGCUUAUUUUCUGCAGAAUCCUCUAGCUUUAUCAAGGGUGCAGUAUCUUCCCUUGCUCACCGGAGGCUUUCGACAUCCAAUGUGACUUCUGAAUCUACUGAUGGAUCAUUUCCUUCUGAUUUAUUAUCUGCAAAGAAUGUGGUAACACCACAACGUGAGAUAGGACUUUAUCAGGACCUGGUAAUUCCAGUGACAAAUUUUCACAAUGAGGACAAGGGUUUAAUGGUUUUGGCUGGUGAUGUUUUUGAUGUCCCUAUCAGGAAGGAUAUUAUUCACCGUGUUGUGCGAUGGCAGCUUGCAAAACGACAACAGGGAACACAUUCAACAAAAACAAUCAGUGAGGUUAGUGGGACCGGCAGAAAGCCAUAUAGACAAAAGGGCACUGGCCGAGCAAGACAUGGAACGUUGCGUGGACCCCAGUUUAGAGGUGGUGCUGUUAUGCAUGGCCCUAAACCACGAAGUCAUGCUUUUAAAUUAAACAAGAAGGUGAGGCGUUUGGGACUGAAGAUUGCUUUGACAGCUCGUGCAGCAGAAGGAAAGCUUCUGGUUUUUGAGGAUUUGGAGGUGCCUACGCAUAAAACCAAGAAUAUUGUGAACUAUGUCAUUGAAAUGGAGAACACCAAGAAAUUACUGGUGGUGGAUGGUGGCCCCAUUAAUGAGAAGCUGAAGUUAGCAACACAGAAUCUACAUUAUGUAAACUUACUACCGUCGAUUGGUCUAAAUGUGUAUAGCAUCCUGCAGCACGAUACCUUGGUGAUGUCCCGUGAUGCCGUAAACAAAAUUGUUGAGCGGAUGCACACUCCAAUCAAACGAUGAGGCGUACACGAUGUAGUUUGUACUGUAUGCUCUGCUCCAUUAGGAAUCCUUCGUUCUCCGACCAAAAUAACUCAUGUCUGUGUUGUUUUUGUUUUAAGAUGCAAAUACGUGUCCAAGAUGCUCGGUCCAUGAAUGCUAGUUGUCUUCGACUUGGGGAAUUUUUAUAGUUGAGUUUUGGUGGACUUCAAACAUUGGCAUGGCCACUUUGUUUUUGGAACAUGGCUUGGCAAAUUGUGCAUCGGUAAUUGAAGACAUUGCUCUAGAUUUUAUCCA